CGCCUUUUGCGGACCUUACAUGUCAACAAGAAGGAGUGGAAGAAGUGGCUGUGAAUAAUAACUGCUCUAGUCCCUCGGUCCUUUAACGUCCUUUACGCUCCUCUCCGCCGACAUGGCUCCGUCCAGCCUGGUGACAGCGGGCGUUCGCUGGAUCGCUCGGUCCUUCAGUCUCCUCUCCUCCAGCGGCUCCCUGGCGAGGUGUACCAGUGUCCUCCCAGCAUCAUACAUCAACCCAGGGAGAUCUCUGACCUCUCAGGCCAGUGGGCCCCCCAAGAAACCUCUGAACGGAUACCUGAGAUAUGUUAUGCAGCAGCAGCCGGUCAUCACCAGACACAACCCAGAAAUCAAAUCCGUGGAUAUCAUCAGGACCAUCGCCCAGCAGUGGAGAGCGAUGGAACAAGAACAGAAACAGCCCUUUGAGGAAGCCUCUGUGCGGGACAGGGAGCAGUUCAAGGUGGACCUCCAGCGCUACAAGGCCCAGCAGAGCCCAGCACAUCUCCAGCAGCAAGUCCUCGAGAAGAGGGAGAGGAUGGCCAAAAGAAAGGCCAUCCGCAAGAAGAGGGAGUUGACCAACCUGGGGAAGCCCAAGCGUCCUCGCUCUUCGUUCAACAUUUUCAUGUCGGAGCACUUUGUGGAGGCCAGUGGAGCCACCACACAGGCAAAGAUGAUGACCCUGUUAGAGGACUGGAGGAAUGUGUUGAGUCAGCAGAAACAGGUCUAUACGCAGCUGGCCGAGGACGACCAGAUCCGCUACAAGAAUGAGAUGAAGUCGUGGGAGGACCACAUGAUAGAGAUCGGACGAGAUGACCUGAUCCGAGAGCAGACCCUCUCCGCCAAUAGAAAAACUGCUGCAAAAACGUUGGGGGCCAAGACGGAGGCAAAGAAGACCAAAGCUAAAGUCGCGGCGAAGGCCAAAACAACCAGGAAGACCGCGAAGAGCGACGUCGUGAAACUUGAAAGGACUACGAAGACGUGUUCAUCUACUUGAGUCUGAAGGGAGAGAAGAGCCUUCAUGACAACUGAAACACGAGUCCCGAUGAGCCGGGCCUGUGCUCGGCUUGGGUCCUUCUUCCAUCAAACUUAAGUCACAAAGUUCCCAGUUGUCAUGAACGCGUCCUCAAUAGGGAAAACGCCCUUUCACAGCAUUCAGACAGACCAGGAUGACUUCACAAUACGUCCUCAUCACAUCUGUUUGGUAAGAACGACCCGACAGCAGGACUUUCACAAGGCAUCCACUAGGUGGGGGGGGGGGGGGGGUCCAGGUUGAGUCAGAAAGUUGAUGAUAUCAGAAGUGUACACACUGUUCAUACUUUACUGUCUGCAAUGUUAUAUAUGCUCCUUAGCCUCGAGUGUACCCGCACUAUACUGGAGGACAACCACGGUCAACCUCACACUUCUAUUAGUAUUAAUGUCCCAAAACAAGUCUGGUGUUUAUUCUUAGUUUGCCUUAUCAGCAAAUCCAUGAAAAGUCCUCUGCCAACGGUGUCUUAGUCUGUGUCUAUGUGGCCGUCGGCCCCCGGCUGAAGGCAGACAUCUUUAUAAGUACCCCACAGUCUUAGUUUCUUUAUUUCAUAAAAAGUAAUUGAGGCUUUCAGCACAAGGAACAUUAUUAAUGAGUUGUGUUCAUGGUCAUGAAGGAACAUGUCACCCAGAGCCUCGUUGCUGUGUUUAAUUGGAGCAAAAUUAAAUCAGAAACUAUCGACUACUACUUAGUAUUAUUUAGUAUUUUCAUUGGAUUUGUUGCCAUAAGACAAGAGUACAGACACCCAGACCACCUGACUGACCUCACCUGACCCUCUUCUAGCUGAACCACUGCUCGGCCACUGAGUAACAUUAUUGACUGACUCUUUAGUUUUGUUUAACAUUUGUGUUAAAGUUCACAAUGCUGCAUCCAGCUUUACAUCAGGUGUUUUUGUUGUUUUCUUCCGUUAACCUGUUUAGAAAGAAGAAGAAAGAAGCUGUUCUGGUUGAUGGUAAACAGCUUCUUCCUCCAGUUGAUUAUGUGGCAUACAUUUGGUUAAGUCCUAAAGUCUACAACCAUUCUGUCUCCAUGUUUGUUUGUGAGCAGCGUUCUCCGUGUGGGCGUCACUUAUAGAGCGACCAGCGUUUUCUUGGUGCUGAGUAUCCACUGAAUAAAGAUGUACAUGAACCUUU